AUGGAGAAUUCAGAUACUCCUUAUCACCCCAACCCCGAGGAUCUCCGGCGAAUACCUGUCGACCUCUUCGUCUCUAAGAACCUUCCCGGCCUUUCCGCCGGCGAUCUCGGUUUCACCGAUUCCUCCGACCAUCUUCUCUACACCAUCCGAAAAUCUUCUUCCUCCUUGAAGUCCCUCCUUGAUUCCUCUGGUGUUCCCCUUUUCUCCAUCUCGCGUCUACACAAUGGAAUGUGGGAAUUGCAUAAAGGAGAUGUGGAAAAACGUAAGGAGUUGAUUCUAACGGUGAAGCGGACAUCGAACAGAUUUAGCAAGAUAGAGUUAGAGGUCUCUUUUGCCGGUGAAUCGUCGCAACAUCUUGUUAUCAAAGGUUGCCCCUUUCAGAAAUCAUGUACCAUUUACAAUCAAGAUUCCAUUGUUGCGCAGAUUGAAUAUUUCCCUGAAGCUGAUCUCUCUGUCUUUUUAAUUUGGAUGGCAGACGAGUUUGAUGUACAAGCUGAGGCAGAUUUACGUAGGAAGAAGCAAGUUCCGGUUAACCAUCUUUCCGGGAUCCAUCGAUCAUUCGCUAGUAGUGGCUAUGGUCGCCGUGUUCCUUCAAGGAAGAAAAUGAAUUUAUUCUCUCAAGGCUCGGUCGCUAAAUUUCUCUCAGGCUCCUAUCGUCAUCGUCUUCCCGGAGCUGAGUCGAAGAUGCUAACCGCAGAUAUUCCACCGAAUCAGUCAAUCUACAUCCAAAACCUCAAUGAAAAGAUCAAGAAAGAAGAAUUGAAGAGAUCUCUUUACUGUUUGUUCUCUCAGUUUGGGAGGAUUCUUGAUGUGGUUGCUUUGAAGACUCCUAAGCUCCGUGGACAAGCUUGGGUUGCGUUUAGUGAAGUCACAGCUGCUAGUAAUGCGGUCCGUCAGAUGCAGAAUUUCCCCUUCUAUGAUAAGCCAAUGCGCGUACAAUAUGCAAAAUCAAAGUCGGAUUGUGUUACUAAAGCCGAAGGAACUUUUGUUUCAAAAGAAAAGAAGAGGGGGCAAGAAGAAAAAGUUGAAAGAAAGCGUGAAGAAACUAAACGACCUAACAUGGCUAAUGGUCCAACUUCCCAAAAUGGAGUCCCUCCUGCGCCUUCGUUCCAACCGGGUGGGCAAGAAACGAUGCCACCAAAUAACAUACUCUUCAUUCAGAAUCUUCCACUUGGGACAACAAGCGCGAUGCUUCAGAGUCUCUUUGAACAGUACCCGGGUUUCAAAGAGAUAAGAAUGAUCUCGGCAAAACCAGGGAUUGCGUUUGUGGAAUUCGAAGACGAUGUUCAAUCUUCCAUUGCUAUGCAAGCUCUUCAAGGUUUCAAAAUGACUCCCCAGAAUCCAAUGGUCAUCUCUUUUGCCAAGAAAUGA